GUGACAGUCGCACACUGACCCAGUUCUCAGUGAACAGUGUCUGGUGUACAGGGUGUACAGCGGCACAAUGCUGUGCACCGAGUUCUUCUCCAAGCGAUGAAUCCUGCCAACGAAACCAGCCCGGAGAGAAGCGAGGACCACUCUCUCUUUGCCGUCGGUACCUACAAACUUCUGGCUUUCACCAUCGGGACCAUCGGAGUGUUCGGCUUUUGCAACAACGUUGUGGUCAUCAUACUCUUCUGCAAAUUCAAGAAACUGAGGACGCCAACUAAUUUACUGCUGGUCAACAUAAGUUUGAGUGAUCUGCUGGUUUCUGUCAUCGGAAUAAACUUUACUUUCGUUUCGUGCGUCAACGGUGGCUGGAUCUGGAGCCGAGCGACGUGCACCUGGGACGGCUUCAGCAACAGCUUGUUCGGCAUUGUCUCCAUCAUGACUCUGGCGGCGCUGGCCUAUGAGCGCUACAUCCGGGUGGUCCAUGCCCAGGCGGUGGACUUCCCCUGGGCGUGGCGGGCCAUCGGCCACAUUUGGCUGUACUCCCUGGCCUGGACCGGCGCUCCCCUGCUGGGCUGGAACCGCUACACACUGGAGAUCCACCGGCUGGGCUGCUCCCUGGACUGGGCGUCGAAGGACCCCAAUGACGCCUCCUUCAUCCUCCUCUUCCUCCUGGCCUGUUUCUUUGUGCCCGUGGGCAUCAUGAUCUACUGCUACGGGAACAUCCUCUACACGGUGCAAAUGCUGCGCUCCAUCCAGGACCUCCAGACGGUCCAGAUCAUCAAGAUCUUGCGGUAUGAGAAGAAGGUGGCCGUGAUGUUCUUCUUGAUGAUCUCCUGCUUUUUGUUGUGUUGGACGCCCUACGCCGUGGUGUCCAUGUUGGAAGCCUUCGGCAGGAAGAACAUGGUCUCACCCACGGUGGCAAUCAUCCCCUCAAUCUUCGCCAAGUCCAGCACGGCCUACAACCCCCUCAUCUACGUGUUCAUGAGCAGAAAGUUCCGCCGCUGUUUGCUGCAGAUGCUCUGCUCGCGGCUCUCCUGGCUGCAGUGCAGCCUCAAGGAGCGCCCCCUGGCUCCGGUCCAGCGGCCCAUCCGACCGAUCGUGGUGUCCGGGGCGUGCGGCGGCAGGGACCGUCCCAAGAAGAGGGUGACUUUCAGCUCCUCCUCCAUCGUCUUCAUCAUCACCAGCAAUGACUUCCAACAUCUGGACGUGACCUCCAAGGCUCGAGAGUCCUCGGAGGUCAACGUCUUUCGAGUGAGGCCGUUGUGAUCCAUAAAGGGGCGGGACUUCUCAAGCCCCACCAUUCAGUAUGCCUUACAUGCCAAAACCAAACCGAAAUAAUCCUGUCUGAACCUUCUGGGACAUUUUUGCGUCCACACACAGUUACAUGUUACGACUAGUUGUAAAUAUCCAAUUGUCAGCCCAAGAUCUCAGCGAAACCAUAUUUCCUGACAGUGUUUUGUCUCAGCGGGUAGUAUGAAAGCGUGACAUCGUCAGCUAACAUCAGCGGUGGUGAUAUAAGCACAUAAAGAUGUAGUAUGAGAUAUGUUUCUCUUAGAUAAAGCAUCACACGUAUUCAUCAGACAUGGCACAACUGCAGAACUGUGUGGGUUUUUUUCAGAGGCCCGCUGUGUUUUCGUGUUUGGAUCUACAUGUGAAAGCAAAUGUCUUUUUCGUUGGUACUCAACUGCAAGAGUCUAAAAAGGAAAACAAGCCUUAGCUCAUUAGCCAUAGACCAUAAUACAUUGUUGUGUAUGGAUUUUAAUAAAGAGAUCCUAUUUUAGCCUACCUAGCUUGUGUACCUUAUCUCAUUUCAAUGAAAAAUCUCCAGUGUGCCGAGAGCAGUGUCUGUGAAAUGACAUUCAGUGGACUCAUAUGUAUGAGGACUACAGGGGUGUAAUUAGAUGAGACCUCCUUUCAUAACCUCCUGGGCUGUCAGCUAUGAAUAGACUUGAUGAAUGGAUGUCCAUAGCUGAUAAAACCCUUUAUCAGUGAGGACGUGUGAUUGAGUGGUCUUUGUUUUUACACUCUUCAGAUAAAAGAAAAGUUUGAUAUUAUGGAAAAUAACUUUUGUUUGGUUUCUUGCUUUUCUUUUAACUAAAUAUAAAAAACAACUCACUCAAAAUAAGCAUCCCCAAAAUAUCAAUCUAUUAUUAG